AUGUCCCGGCAUCUCUUCCAUUCUGCAGUGCUGCUUCUCCUCGUCGUGUUAUGCGGCACCAGUGGUGCUGCGCACGCUGUGCAGGCAGGGACUGACGUUGAUCCAUUCAUAGGGAUCGGAUGGAAAUCCUCUCAAUGGGAAGCCCCUACAAAAGCUAAUGAGAAAUUAUUCUCGCUCCGCGUUCCCAGCCUUGUUGAGGUGAACAAUGACGUGUUCUUCGUUGCUGAAGCGCUGUGCAAGGGAAAAGGAGAAAGCUGCAGCCGUACUGGGAUUGCGUCAAGGCACCUCGAUCUAACUGAUGAUAAGCCAAAGGAGAUAUUGACGGAGGACACAAGUUUGGUGAUGCAGUUUCCAGAGGGUGUUGCGACGGGUACUGUCGAGGCAAAAGAAACAAUGCGGCCAACGACAGUUGUGUCUGGCGACAGUGUCUACAUGCUUCUGAGAAAUCAGAGCGUUACACCGUCGGUGGGUAAAUCGGCUAAAGCACGUGACUGGGGGCUUUUGCUGGUAAAGGGAAGCGUCAGUGGUGGCAAUGAAAUCACGUGGAAUGAGACUCAUGCGGUGACGUUUGGAAAUGAUGAAUAUGUUGCUAAAUUUUUGACCCAGUUGGUUUCUGGCGGCGGAUCGGGGAUUAAGACAAAGGACGGUACGCUCAUGUUUCCCAUGCAGGCCACAGAUGAGGACGGAAAGACUUCAUUGCUGUCCAUGCGCUUUGAUAAGUCAGAGAAGAAGUGGAAGCUUUCGCACGAAACGGAUGUUGAUGGCUGCAGGGACCCGACCAUCGUCGAGUGGGGGGAUGACAGAUUCCUCAUGAUGGCUUCUUGUGAGCGAGGUUACCGUGACGUGUACGGAUCCACCGAGAGUGGGAGGAAUUGGUUUCCAUAUGGUGAGACACUUACUCGCGUGUGGGGCAACUCACUUGAUCGAAAGGGGCACGGCGUCCAGAAUGGCUUCAUCAAAGUGACGAUUGAGAAGAAGGAUGUGAUGCUCGUCACCCUGCCAGUUUAUUCCAAGGACAACAGGGAAAGCAAUAAACAAAAGGGUCGGCUCCACCUUUGGGUGACGGACAAUUCACGCGUGCAUGAUGUUGGGCCGAUAUCCCGUGAAGAUGAUGACGCCGCCGCCAGCUCGCUGUUGAUGAAGAGUGGGAAUGAAAAGUUGAUCUCAGUGUACGAAAACAAGAAUGGCGAUGACGGGUCAUACAGUCUUGUCGCCGUGAGCCUGAGGGAGCAGCUGGAGCGGAUCAAAUCCGUGGUGAAGACAUGGGCGGCUUUGGACACCGCCUUUGAAUCAUGCCGUUCCGGUUCCAGUGCCACUGUCGACCCGAGAAAGAAGGGUAUGUGCGCUGGUCCUGUUCCCACUGAUGGGCUUGUUGGCUUCUUGUCCGGUAACUUCUCUGAUAACAAAUGGAAGGACGAGUACCUCUGCGUGAAUGCGACUGUGAAUAAUGGGGAGCCAAGGGUUCCCAAUGGAUUGACGUUCAAAGGACCCGGAGCAGGGGCGGUGUGGCCUGUUGGCGACAUGGGGCAGAAUGUGGCGUACUACUUUGCUAACAACAAGUUUACUCUUGUGGCGACGGUGUCCAUCCACGAGGUGCCGAAGGAAGGCAGCAGUCCCAUCCCCUUGAUGGGUGUGAUCAUGAAAGACACCAGCAGCACGGCGCUCUUUGGUCUGUCGUACACCCACGAAAAAAGGUGGAGGUUCACACUUCCCAAUGGAACUUAUGAAGGUGCCGACGAUGAUGAAGAUUAUGAAGAUGAUGAAGUUGCCGAAGAUUAUGAAGAUUACGAGGAUUAUGAACAUUAUGAAUAUUACGAAGGUAGGUAUAAUUGGCAACCAAACAAAACAUAUCAAGUAAUGCUGCAAAUGGAUGCCAGUGAGUGGGAUGUGUACGUUGAUAGAAUGCAGGUUUUUUCUGGGUACUACAACUGGGAUCUGUUUAAAGAUCACAGGGUCUCGCACAUCUAUUUUGGCGCGGAGAAUAAGGAGGGUUCGGAAAGCAGCCACUUGACGGUGAGCAACGUCCUGCUGUACAACCGCAUAAUCUAUGGACGUGAAAUUGCGAAACUCAGAGCCAGCAAAGUCCCCAUUCCAAACCCUGGUGAGGAGUCACGCUCAGUGCCGGAGAUUCCGCCGAGGCCCACCGGUGAAUUUGAGGCUACUCCAGUCAAGAGAAACGAAGAACACCUCGGCAGCCAUGCAGCGUUGGGUAACGGGGAUACUGAGAGACAAAAUACAAGCCCUAACAAUGUUUUGGCGCCCGAGGCUCCCUCUGCAUCGAUACUCAGUGCCAGCACAGUCCGUAUUCCAAGCCCUGGUGAGGAGUUCUCUAUUGAGAAAGAAGAGGAAACACCAUCAUCACCUGAAGAGGAGGAAGCAGAGCAGGAAGUUGAGGAGGCGCAUCCACGGCCACAAUCCUCCGUGGAAGCACCUGAAGCCAGUGAUGCUGCCGCAGUGUCUUCUGGGGGCCGUGGCUUGCACGGAACAAGGGAGGAGGAGACGGAGACGGAUGGCAGCAGUGGAUCGGCGUCUCCACCGGCCUCAUCGAGUGUGGGCACCUCUGCUCAUUCGGGCGACGACGGGAUGGGUGUCCGUGAAAGCACCUCUCUGCAGGAAGAAGUGCCACCACCUCUUGGGACUGAAGACAUUCCGAAGGCCGACGUGGAGCGACCGAUCUACGAAGAAGAAGCGACCUCUCCGGAAGGGACCACUGAGCGGCAGACGCAAGAAACCACUGCGUCUUUGGUUGAAAAUGGAGACGGUGAGGACGUUGGCACCGCACCGGGUAAUGCAAGCACCCAGCCUGGUAAAAACAAGAUCCCAUCGGAGUCCAACGCCACAUUGCUCUCGGACACUGGCAUUUUGCCUGGGCACGAGCAUUUGAGCGAAUUGUCGGCCAUGGCUCUAUUUGCUGAGAGCACCGUGCAUGGGUGUGUGUCUCGGGUGUUGUUGCUGCUGCUUCUGGGGCUGUGGGGCACCGCGGCUCUCUGCUGA